AUGGACGUCGACACCGACCUUGGGCCCAAGCUCGCCUCCAUCGCUGAUAUCUCAAACCAGCGCGACCGCAUCGACUCGUACCUCUCUCUCCUUGAGACACUCCUCUCCCCACCAAAUGUAUCCGACCUAACGACCUUCGGGCUGCACUUUACGACGAGCACAAGUGUGCCCCUCGUUGUCGGGCGACGCGUCCUCGGCGCCUUCGUUGCGGCUCUCACAGCCGGACUGGGGCUGCAGGCCGAGGGAGACGACGAGGCCAAGUGGGUCUCGCUUGGGGCUGUGGUCGGUGACCGCGAGGACCGUAAGGCUAUCAUCGAGGGGGUGUUGGGGGAUAAUGCCGGAUGGUGCGAGGAACAGACUACCCGUCUGAGGCGGGCGCAGAGCACCAUCCUCCAGAACGAGGAGGAUUGGGCAGGUGCAGCUGAAGCGUUGAUUCGGAUUCCGCUCGAGGGAUCGUCGCGACUCGUCAGCGACGACGAGAAGCUCGGGAUCUACCUCCAGAUCGUGCGCCUUCUAUUGGAAGACGAGCGCAGCGAGCGCGCACAGCACUUCUUCAAUCGCGCCUCUCUCCUGAUUACGCCCGAGACGCCCAAGGAAUCGCAGCUCACCUUCCGUCUCUCUCAAGCCCGCCUGUUCGAUUACGGCGCACGCUUUACGGAGGCUGCGCGGGUGUAUCACGACGUAUCCCUCGAUCCGGCGGUCGACGAAGACGACCGCCUCAUGAUGCUCCAGCAGGCCGUUACUACUUCCAUCCUCGCUCCGGCUGGUCCACAGCGCCUCCGCCUUCUCGCCCAGCUGAACCGCGACGACCGCGUGUAUGCCGUCAUUCCUCCCCAUCUUGGCACUAUGCUCCGCAAGAUGCUGCUCGAGUAUAUUGUGCGGCCGGCCGAGGUCGCCGAGUUCGAGGCUGGGCUCAUGCCACACCAGAAGGCACAGGUUGAGGGUGGUGGGACGGUGCUGGAGCGCGCGGUGCGCGAGCACAAUGUCGGCGCUUGUGCCAAGGUCUACGACAACAUCAGCUUUGACGCGCUUGGCGACUUACUCGUCCUCGACGCUGCGGCCGCCGAGGGCGUUGCGCGGAAGAUGAUCGAGCAGGGGCGUCUGCGAGCGUGGAUCGACCAGCCGCUCUCGCUACUGUAUUUCGAGAGCCGGCACGAGGACAAGGACGGGCAGGUAGCCGGAACCGCUGGUGGACUUGGCGUCGAGCGCGAGGAGACGCCUGUCCAGCCCGUGGCUUGGACCGAACGCUGGGACGCUCGCAUCCGCCACACGAGCAUGCAAGUCGAGAGCCUCGCGGCCACGAUACAGGCGCGCGGCCUCGUGCAGUAG